AUCAAGUAGCCUGGCAGACCUGGAACUGUAUAGAUCAGAUUUGCCUGUUUCGGCACCCCCGUUGUCUCCCUGUUGCUGGGAUCAGAGACAUGCACGGCCAUACCCAGCCUUUUAAAAGGCUCUGUGUGUGUGUGUGUGUAUGUGUGUGUGUGUGUGUGUGUGUGUGUGUGUGUGUGUGUGUGUGUGUGGCAUGCCCUAUGCAUACAGGUAACUGUUUGCAAUGUGGAGGUCAGAGAUCAAUUUCAGGAAUUCAUUCAUUCUUUCCAUGAUGGGAUCCAGGGACCAAACUCAGGUGGUGGCAGUUGCCACACAACCCUUUUAUGUACUGAGACAUCUUGCUCACCCAUCUCUCCUGUUUUCUGUGGAUUAGGAAUCUGAUCAGGGUUUGUCUGGGUUCCCACUUCAGGAUCUCAUGAGGAUAGAGCGUAAGUGCCAGCUGGAGCUACAGCCCCUCUCUGUGGCUCCUCUAGUGACAGGUCAGCUUCUAAGCUUGCAGUGCUGGACACAUUCUGCUAAUUGAAGGUUAUUGGACAGAAGGCCUUGUAUUCUUGGGUCGUGCCUGGUGGUGCUGCUGUUCUUGCCCCGUGUCCUUCUCACACAGCUACACAUGUCCCUGAAGCCAGCAAGAAUCACUAGGUAAAGCAUCUCGUUCUGAGAUACAGUGGAGAAGUGUGACAUCCCACCUUUUUGCUGUGUUCUAUGAAUUUUUUUUUUUUCCGGAGCUGGGGACCGAACCCAGGGCCUUGCGCUUGCUAGGCAAGCGCUCUACCACUGAGCUAAAUCCCCAACCCAUGAAUUAUUAAUAGGAGAAUGUCACAACUUCCUGUCUUCAAGGGGUAUUAGCAGGAGGCAGUUCCUAGGGGUUAUUUUAGAAUCUACACCAAGGCCGUUUCCUCUUAGGAAGUACAUUCAGUGUAAGGAAUCUUUUCUUGGGAGCUCUUUGCAAAACUAAAGCAUCCUGUACAUCAAGAAAGCAGAAUCUGGAAAACUAAUCACUUGAGGGGUCAUCGAAGUAGAAGCAUUCAGACUCGAGAGAGAUUGUAGCAUUCGGUUUGUUCGUUUGUGCCAGAAUCCGUUGUAGCCCCAGGCUGGCCCUUGAACAUUGUGUACCUAGGGCUGGGCUUGAGCUCCUGGUCUUCCUGUUUAUCUUCCGAGCGUAGGAUGACAUAGCUUGUUGAGAAUAUGUGAUCUUAACGAGACCGUUACAGAAAAGGCAUCGCUUCACGCUUCAAAAAGCAGCAAGCAGCAGGAUCGAGGGCUAAGCAUCGUAGGGAUGCCAGUUUCAGCUGCAUGAAAGGACUGAGGCAGCAUGGAGUGCAACGUGGUGUUCAGAGGAAUAUGUAGAUGCUGCAAGCAGUUGUUGGUGACAGUACGUACCUCUUUAUUGUGCAAAGCUGCCAUCCAUGCAGGGAUCAUCACGGAUGAACUAGGUGGCCAGAUCAACCUGCUUCAGAGCAAGGGGAUAAGUCACUACGAAGGAAUCCUGGCCAACGGUGUGCUCUCCCGGCAUGGUUCUCUGUCAGAAAAGCGAUUUCUGUUUACAUCCCCAGGAAUGAGUAUAACAACGGUGGCUAUUCCGUCGGUGAUCUUCAUUGCCCUCCUUCUGACUGGGACCGGGAUCUUUGCGAUCUGUAGGAAGAAGAAAAAGAAAGGCAAUCCAUUUGUGUCAGCCGAGGCUCAGAAAACAGGCUGUUGGAAGCAGAUUAAAUAUCCCUUUGCCAGGCAUCAGUCGGCGGAAUUUACCAUCAGCUAUGACAACGAGAAGGAGAUGACACAAAAGUUGGACCUCAUCACUAGUGACAUGGCAGAUUAUCAGCAGCCUCUCAUGAUUGGCACAGGAACAGUCACGAGAAAGGGCUCUACCUUCCGGCCCAUGGACACAGACACGGAGGAGGCCAGAGUGAACACUGAGGCCAGCAGCCACUAUGAUUGUCCUCACCGCCCUGGCCGCCAUGAGUACGCACUGCCCUUGACUCACUCAGAACCUGAGUAUGCCACACCUAUCGUGGAGAGGCACCUGCUGCGAGCUCACACCUUCUCCACACAGAGCGGAUACCGAGUCCCCGGGCCCAGGCUCACUCACAAACACUCCCUUUCCUCUGGAGGCUUUCCUCCCGCUGCAGGAGCCACCCAGAUUGAAAGCUAUCAGAGGCCAGCAAGCCCCAAGCCUGUGGGUGGCGGCUAUGACAAACCGGCUGCUGCCAGCAGCUUCUUGGACAGCGGAGACCCCGCCUCUCAAUCACAGAUGACUUCCGGGGGGAACGAUGGUUAUUCAGCACCCCGAAACGGUCUCGCGCCCCUCAACCAGAUGGCGGUGACUGCCCUUUUGUGAACCCAAUGUGAAAGAAACCUGCUGUGGUACUGAGCGCGCACCGCUGCGAGUCCCUGGAAGAAAUGUCCCAGCGCGCAUGUGUGACUCUUCAGGAUCCUAGAGGCGACCUCACUUACUGUUUACAGAACUGUGCGGCUGGUUUUGUUCCGAUCUCUCCAGCAGAGCCGGUUGGUUUCUGCUGGGCUAGAACAAGGAGACUUUUCUCAUUCGUCUAACUGUGAUGCUGUGCUAUAAAAUGUGCAAUCUGUACAGUUAUAUUUAACACGGAUUAACCUAACGAAGUUUGUGGUGUUUGUUUUCUACACGGGGCUUCAAGGGGGAACGCGGGAUUUGAAUAGAUGGAGCCCGCCCGUGUUCAUGCUUCUCGGUGCGUUUGGUUAUCUGACGCUAAGCAGCAGGUCUGUUUAAAACCUUCGUGGGUUGUGGCGGCUCGUUUCCUUUUUGAUAAAGUGAAAGCAUUUUUACCCUUCUUUCUCCGGGAAGAAAUGAAAUUACUUGAAAACACAUAAAGCACACUGGGGUGGGGGACGGCCAGCAAUGGUGGCCCACGUACGCAAGCAAGAAUACCACUUCGGCAGCUGCAGCCUGGUUUCUUAGACUUUCCUUGAGAGGAGUAGGGAAGCCUAGUGUCCUGGGGCCUGUGUGGGUCCCGGCUGCACCCUUAGGGACCACAUUCUCCAAGGAAAGGGCCUAGCCUACUGCGCAUCUUCCCAAGCAAAUAUGCGUCCACACUGUCCACCCACGCCUUGUAAUGAAGGAGCUUAUAGCUCAAGGCAGGAAUAUCAAAUAUUUCUACACCUCAGAUUAUGAACACAGCUGAACCCAGAAGCCCUACUUCCUACAACUUUCUCCAGAAGCAACGCAUGUGGACGACUCCCUCUCUCUGGAAAGCAAAUGGCUCUUUGAAAUGUGUUUGUGCCAGUGUCGAAGCAGAGCUCUUUUAGCGGAGAGCUAGUAACUGCCCUGGUGAUGUAAAGUGCAGUUUUCCCCCUGAACAUGUGUGUAUUCAUAGAGUAGCCCGGGUCUCAGCUGUACUUCAUGUCUUGUGUUGUUUUUUUUUUUUUUCCAGAGUUUACUUCUCGAAUGAACUGGGGGGUUAGAGGGGAGGGAUUUAACCUCUUUCUGCCAAAGAGGAAAAAGUUAUGUGUCUUGUUUAUUUAAAAAAAAAAAAAACAAAAACAUGGACCAAAAACAAAACAAAAAAGAUUCUUUCCUUACAAAUUGUAUUAUAAUCCUAUUUGUGUGAUUGUCGUUUUCUGUGAAUUCUGUGUUAACAUAGGGUGCUGAAAGCUCGUGGCAGAGUAUCUGCUGGUUGUAGUGGAGGUUAAACCAUUUAUGUUAUGGAGUUUACCUGAUUUUGUAUGUAUACUAAUUGUAAUAAACUAUGAAAAAUCA